GUAUUGCUGCCCAUUCUUUUGGUCUCCCACCUAUGUUAAAAAUAAAGUACUAAAUCGAUAGGCUAUCCUCUUCGGGUUCUCUUAUUUUUCACAUUUCUUUUGACAUGGUGAGAGGUCUUUUAUCUAUUUAAACACUAAGAUUACUUCCCUCUAUGGAAACCAGCACAGCACUGCCUCCAUCUCCCUUUCCUUCCUAACGAACUCAAUUCUUCUUCUCCAAAAUGAGUAGCCUUCCCAAUAAUGGCCUAGAGAACAGCACUGAAUAUACUCUUAACCCUCUUGACCCUGAGGAGUUCAGGAGGCAAGGCCACAUGAUCAUCGAUUUCCUCGCCGACUACUACCGUGACAUCGAGAAGUACCCCGUCCGGAGCCAAGUCGAACCUGGUUAUCUCCAAAAACGUCUCCCAGACUCGGCCCCCAGUAACCCAGAACCAAUCCAAACAAUCCUCCAAGAUGUAGAGACUCAUAUCAUUCCAGGCAUCACACACUGGCAAAGCCCUAACUUCUUUGCUUACUUCCCUUCAAAUGUUAGCGUUGCAGGUUUUGUUGGCGAAAUGCUUACCUCUGGAUUCAAUGUCGUGGGAUUCAACUGGUUGUCAUCACCGGCAGCGACAGAGCUCGAGAGUAUAGUUAUGGACUGGCUUGGGAAAAUUCUUAAGCUCCCUAACUCCUUCCUCUCCUCUGGCAAUGGUGGAGGUGUGAUACAAGGGAGUACUUGUGAUGCCAUCUUGUGCACACUCACAGCCUCUAGACACCGCAUGUUGGAUAAGAUUGGUAGAAACAAUAUAGGGAAGCUAGUGGUUUACGGGUCGGAUCAGACCCAUUCCGCAUUUCAAAAGGCGGCCCAGAUUGCAGGUAUCCACUCGAAUAAUUUCCGACCCAUUGCUACCUCUAGGUCAACGGCAUUUGGUCUAUCGCCGGAUUCCCUCCGAUCAGCAAUUCUCGCCGACCUUGAAGCCGGGCUCGUUCCAUUUUUCCUCUGUGCCACAGUAGGCACCACAUCUUCAACUGCCGUGGAUCCGAUCGGGCCAUUAUGUGAUGUAGCGAAAGAGUUCGGGAUAUGGGUCCAUGUCGAUGCGGCAUACGCCGGAAGUGCAUGUAUAUGCCCAGAAUUCCGGCAUUUUAUCGACGGCGUGGAGAAUGCAGACUCAUUUAGUCUUAAUGCGCAUAAGUGGUUCUUAACUGCACUUGAUUGCUGUUGUCUUUGGGUUAAGGACCCUAGUGCCCUUAUCAAGGCCUUGUCCACAAAUCCUGAGUACUUGAGGAACAAAGCUACGGAGACUAAUAAGGUCAUUGACUAUAAAGAUUGGCAGAUAGCACUAAGCCGCCGGUUUAGGGCCAUGAAGCUGUGGCUUGUACUACGUAGCUAUGGUGUGACUGGCCUUAGGAACUUCCUAAGGAGCCACGUAAAGAUGGCUAAGCAUUUUGAAGGGCUUGUGGGGAUGGACAAGAGGUUUGAGAUUGUUGUCCCUAGGACUUUCUCUAUGGUGUGUUUUCGACUCCUAUUGUUGCCGGUCAUGAGGGUACAUGCAAAUGGUGAGCAAUUGAAUGAUGAGGAACGUGCAAAUGAGUUGAAUUGGAGGUUCCUUGAGUCGAUGAACUCAUCUGGUCGGCUCUACAUGAGUCAUGGUGUGGUUGGGGGAGUGUACAUGAUCCGGUUCGCCGUGGGUGCAACCCUAACGGAGGAGAGGCAUGUGAACAUGGCUUGGAAAGUGGUGCAAGAGCAUGCAGACAUUGUUCUCGGUGCGUAAUAAAUUAAGGCGGGGAUGGUGUUGCUUUCGAGAGAGGAUCAAGUUCACGUAUGAGAACAUAUCCAGUCCGUGAAGUUAGAAUCAAUUUUCUCUCUCUUCAUUUAAUAGAUUCUAAAUCCAUAGAUCAGGAACGUACGAGAUCCGUUCAUGUUGCUGGAUUGGAUCAGAUAAAUUUAUUAUUGUGGGGAUGGUGUUGCUUAGGGGUGUCAAUCAGUCGGUUCAGUUCGAUUUCGGUCUAGGAAUGAUGGAGAUCAAAACCAAUCCGUUAAGGAACUUCGAUUUUUGAUCGAUUUUGGUUUCUAUCCGGCUUGAUUUUGGUUUUUCAAUAUCGGGUUAAUACUAGUUUAAACUGGUUUACUAUUGGGCUUGAACUAUAAUGAAAUCUUACAUUCAUAA